GCCGGGAGCCGGGAGCCGGGAGCCGGGGCGCGGCGGGCACGGGAGGAAGCGGCGGCGGCGCGCGCCAUGUCGGGCGGGCCCCCCAGGGGCCUGCCGUCCACCGGGCCGCACUCCCUGCUCGACAUGCCGCACCCGCUGGCCGGCUCCAGCAGCGAGGAGGCCGUGGGCGGCGACAGCACGCCCAGCCCGGACCUGCUGACGGCUCGCAGCUUCGGCGACAAGGAUCUCAUUUUGCCCAACGGUGGCACUCCAGCGGGUACUUCGAGUCCAGCUUCUUCAUCUUCCCUUCUCAACAGACUCCAGCUUGAUGAUGACAUUGACGGGGAGACCAGAGAUCUCUUCGUCACAGUUGAUGAUCCCAAGAAGCAUGUGUGUACGAUGGAGACCUACAUUACCUAUAGGAUCACCACCAAAAGUACACGGGUGGAGUUUGACUUGCCGGAGUAUUCGGUCCGUCGGAGGUACCAGGAUUUUGACUGGCUGAGGAACAAGCUGGAAGAGUCCCAGCCCACUCAUCUCAUUCCCCCGCUUCCUGAGAAGUUUGUGGUGAAAGGUGUUGUAGAUCGGUUUUCAGAAGAGUUUGUGGAGACCAGAAGAAAAGCUUUGGAUAAAUUCCUAAAAAGAAUUACAGAUCAUCCUGUGCUCUCUUUCAAUGAACACUUUAAUGUUUUCCUUACUGCUAAGGACCUGAAUGCCUACAAGAAGCAAGGGAUGGCGCUGCUGACCAGAGUGGGCGAGUCUGUCAAGCAUGUCACCGGAGGCUACAAGCUGAGGAGUCGACCCCUUGAGUUUGCAGCCAUAGGCGACUACUUAGAUACGUUUGCACUCAAGCUGGGAACCAUUGAUCGAAUAGCCCAGCGGAUCAUCAAAGAAGAAAUAGAGUACCUCGUGGAGCUGAGAGAGUACGGGCCUGUGUACUCCACGUGGAGUGCGUUGGAGGGGGAGCUCUCGGAGCCCCUGGAGGGCGUGUCCGCUUGCAUUGGCAACUGCUCAACAGCCUUGGAGGAGCUAACAGAUGACAUGACGGAAGACUUCCUACCUGUGCUCAGGGAAUAUAUUUUAUACUCCGACUCUAUGAAGAGCGUUCUGAAGAAGAGGGACCAAGUGCAAGCAGAGUACGAAGCCAAACUGGAAGCUGUGGCUCUGAGAAAGGAAGACCGCCCCAAGGUGCCCGCAGACGUUGAGAAAUGUCAGGAUCGAAUGGAGUGUUUCAACGCGGAUCUGAAAGCUGACAUGGAAAGGUGGCAGAGCAAUAAGAGGCAGGACUUCCGGCAGCUGCUCAUGGGAAUGGCUGACAAGAACAUCCAAUAUUACGAGAAGUGCCUCAUGGCAUGGGAGUCGAUUAUUCCACUACUGCAAGAGAAACAAGAGGCCAAGUAAGUUCCUUCUUGGGACAGAGACUCUUCUACCGACACAGGGCAUGGCACCCCAUACCAGAAUGUUCCCUGUAGUGCCAGAGAGGUGGCACCAAGAAAACAGCCGCAGAAGCAUCUCUCCUUGGUGUAUUUCUUUCCCCUCCCACCCCUCCACCCCCACCCCGUGUCCAACAGUGGUUUUCCAUGAGUAUUUAUUCCUUGGUGGAGUCUAUAUGGCUAUAAUCAUCUCUCAGCGAAAGAAGCAUACCUCCGUGGUGUGAAGGAACCUCUUCAAUGGAACACUAAAGAGAUUUGCAGCUGAGGAACGAGACAACUCAGCUGACAUUCUGACAUCUCAUUACAGUUUCCUGUUUGGGGGACAGCAGAGUUGCCUGUGGCGGAAGAGAGCCCGGAUCUUGCCUUUCAAGGGCUUGAGGAAGGCGUGAAUCGAAGGCAGCUCUUAUUUUCCAUGGACACAUGGUGACUCUGGAAUUGACCUCUGUGGGCAUUGACUCAUCUCAGCCUAGGAGGAGGCGUCAGCACCUCCGUGAAAAGUCCUUAAUGUACAGUGGCCUAUAGCCGUGAGUGUGGCCUGCUGCCUGCUUGUGAUGAGUGGCACCUGUUUUGUGGCUUCUGGUUCGUUCAGGACCAUUACUGUCUGCAUCUGUAGGCAUCUGUGCUAGAAGGAGAGCACCAGCGUCCUUGUCCUCACGCGAUACCUCGGGAAGCCGAGGGGGGCAGCGCUCCUCAGACUCGUUUCUGACACUAGAAUGCAGUAGAUUGGAAACUGUUUUUGCGUAAAAUGGAAAAAAAAAAAGGUGCAUUUUUUUCUCUGUGAAGUUCUUCAGUGUUUUGUCUUUUGCUAGUUAAAUGCCGUCAGAGUAGAGAUUAGGCCUGGCGUGGAGAAUCUGUGUUGUCUCGGAGUCAGAGUAGCUCUCCAGUGGCUGGGUUCGGUGGGCAUCAUGCACCAAGCCCCAUCUCCACAUUUGCUCUGUGCAGCUUGCCUUUACCUCACCCCAAACUCCUAAUUUAAUGUCUCUUACCAUGUCCACCGAAUGUUUGGGCAAAACUUUCGGUGAGAGGCUGGUAUGCUGUUGUGACACAGUCGAGAUUUUGUAAACUCAACGCGAAUGUUCUAUAUGAAGUGCUUUAACCCUCGGUAUUCCCCGGUCAGAAAGAAAAGUCAGUAACUGGCUGGGCCUCGAAGAUGACAGGUGUAACAGAGAACUUCUUUGCUUCUAGAUAAGCUAAAAUCUCCUCAGUCUGCAGCCAGAUUCCUGGGGACUGCUGGCUGCAUCCCAAGUCUUCAAACUCUGACCAAGCUUGCUCUUCAAAUCAACACGAAACAGACAAAGAGGAUCUAUCUUGCAACUCGUUUUGUUUCCUCCUGAAAUGAAGCUACCUAUGUCACAAUGUGUGCUUUCAUCUAUGGCUCAUCCCUCUAAAAUUAUAAAUCUGAGCCUCAAAGAGGCGGGAAUAUUUUUGUAGCAAAGCAGCUGUGCCAAAACGCUGCUGCAUACACACGUCAACCGGCAGAUACCGGGCAACAUGCAGCGUGUCGAAAUCGCUCCAUCCCACUUCCACCUGCAGAGUUGACCUUGGGCAGCCACUGCUGUGAUGUCAGUGGCACGACAGGAGGACAGCCCAGAGCCACUGGGUUCUGUUUCAUCUUGCUUGAAUGAGUCACAAUUGAAAUUUGAAUUUUUUUUUUUUUGUAUAAUUUGGUACUUGGCCCAUGCCGUCAGACCCACUCAUGCCAUUCUAAAUUCCUGCCAUGCUAUUUUUCAGUUUGGUACACUUAGAAAUGAUCCACUGAAGCAGAAGGGUAAGGACGGCCCAUCUACCCUGAGUGGUGAGUCAGUGUUUCAUGCUACCUCUAAACCAUCACGUUGGUGCGGGUCUGGAUGUCUGGGUCCGGCCUGACAAUUUGCUGGUAGAACAGGGUUGUGUAUCUAGUAAUGGGUCGAUGGCCCUCUAUUGAUAUUUCGUGGAAGGCACUAGACUGGCCUCGCAGCAAGUGCCCAUCUGCAGGAACGUGCGAAGCCUUGCCUUGUGGAAUGUGUGCUUUAAAAAUGUUGUCCAGUGUAAUGAGUGCUUGGAAAGAACCAUGGAGAGAGUUAUGGGAAGACCAGAACCUCAUCCGCUACUAGUUGCCAAAGCCCAAGAGUGUUCCUGUGUAGAGGUUAGUUGGGAAAGAGGCAACCCUUCCAAAAAGCCAUGGGGUUCCUCUUUGGAAUGGUCAGAAAGGGAGUGUGUUGGGGGAGGGUGCAGGCAUUCUUUAUGUUAUUGGAGGCAGAAGACAAGCUCAGAGGGGGUUCAGGCAUCUUGGGGUUUGUCUUUGCCUAUUUUGGGAUGUUUCUGGAGCACGGAGAGCGGAGCUGGGAGAGCCAGUGAUGGUGUAUCCCAAGAAGGGACCCUUGCCCCUUUAACUCUUCAGGCUGGCGGCUCAGAAAGAAGGGAUGGCAGGCGGACAGUGAGGCCGGCUCCCUCAGCCCCGAGGGCCGCCAGUCCUGGGCAUUUGCCCCUUCACCUUGGUGGGCACAGAGGUGAUCGCCCUGUGAGAAGUGACUCAAGAGACUUCUGUGCCAAAGACGGCCUCGUAGGGGCUUCCUCGCCCCACCCUCCUUGGCCCCACAAAGUCAGGAUCGCUGCCUCCUCUCUGGGAUUUAUAGCCCGGGGGCGUUGGCUUGAGGACAUGCUUGACCUGAGGCACACCGACGGGUUUUGAGUCCUGGGCUCAUGGCCAUGGAACGGAAAGUGAUCUCCUGUCAACUGUCCCUCGGGUAGGGGUGGGGGUGAAAGUUUCAUUCCCCCAGGUUAAAAACCCAGGCGGAGGCAGAAGAAAGAAUUCCUUAGAAACCCAGCCAGCUUUAGAGAUGCCGAUGCUAAAGAGAGCAGUCGAUAGGGACACUGCUCUUCUUCUCAUGUACUGGAACCGCCAGAAGAUUCUAGGCUACUCUGCCCAAAGCGAAGGACCACUGUCCUUCCUGAACAAGGAGGGAACACGUUAUGCAGCCAGGUUUGGGGUUGGCCUUUGUCCUUUAAUAAGACUUAAUACUGUCUCCUGGUGACCUCAGAUAAGUGCAAUUAUGGAGGUGAUGGGCUCGUGUUUCACUGUGCUGCUUGCUGAACUCCCCAGACUCCUGCCUUUAGGUGAAAUAACAAUAAUGAACACGACUCCGGGGACCGUGGUGAAUGUAAGUUUGUCUUCAGGCCGCAUUUCAGCCACAGCUGGAGCGUGUCCUGCGUGUCGCUGAACUCCGUGUUCUGUGGGUCCCCAUCCGCACGGGGGGUUUAAAUGCCCUUGUGGGGCCACCUUCGUUUUGAACCAACAGGGAGGCCCACUUCCGAGGGGCUCUGUCCUCUCCCGGGAUGGGGUGGGAGCCGGGGACACACCCGGGGUCCCCACGCCUUGGCCUGCCAGCCGUGGCCCCAAGAUCCUGGGCUUUGGUUUGACGCCAUCCGUUGGACCGAGAGUAGUUGUUCUUUCUGCUCCGUCCCGAGAGCGCAGGAGUGCGAUCCGCCACCAGCCCCAGGUGUGUUUGGGUCUCGGGGAGGGUCCGAAGCCCUUUCCCCUCUGGCUGCCCCCGUUAGAAGGCUUCGGCGUGGAAGGCGCCGGCCGGGGUCGGGCAGGGCACAGCAGGCCUGCACCCCGCCGCCCGGACGCCCAUGGUGGAAACUGAGCCAUCGAACUGUUGGGCUGCAGGAGCGCUUGCUUUGGCGAUGCCCGUUCACGAGACAUUUUUGGGAAUUUGGGUUUGUCUUCUCGCUCUCUGGAGCCCUCAAGAUGUGGCAGAUUGGAAGUGCCCCCUUAGGUUUUCUCCGUUCAGAUGGCAGGUGGCAUUUACCAGUAAAUUUCAGGAAGCUGUCAUCUCCUGGGCCCAACUGGCACGCCGAGCCGGGCGUGUCGGACUUGUUCUCUGCUUCCUCGUGGUUUUGUGAUUUAGCGAAUAAACCAGAAGCCUGAUUUUUCUCAGGAGUCCAUCCAAGUGGGGGUUAGCUUUCUCUUGGUGCGGAUGGCUGGCCUCCCCCACAGUGGCCCAGACGAGAGCAUGCGCAGGGCUGUCUGCAUUAGAGAAGGCGGAGGAGGGGGCCUUUGUCACAGGGAGCUCGACUGUUCCUCAAUCACACGUGUUUGAAAUGCAUUCCGGGCAUGGCUGUCUAGCCCUUCCUGUGCGACAGCAGAAAUACGUUUUCCAGGUAGUUUUUACUACUCUAGGUAUCCUGUAAAUAAGUGCUUUGGAAAAAAAAAGAACUUUAACAAAACCAAUAAGGUAUCCGUGUCAUGUAGAAACACUCUGCGUGCGUAUUUAGCACUUGAAGAUCCACAAACCCAGACUUUUAAAAAUGCCACAAGACUAUUGAAAGCCUAACUCUGCUUUUUGAGCAUUGUCAACACCUAUUCAUAUGCCUUAUUCUUCAACUAGUGUGUUUUAGAUUCUGGAUAGAAAGAGUUUUUAGAAAUGUAAUUGGUUGUUCAGCCUAAUAAUACUAGAGGUCUAACAUCGUCGGCCCUCUUAAGGAAACAGGAAAGUGAGGUUCAUAACUAGGGCUGCCUUUUGGGAGGAGAAAGCUAAGUGUUGCUAUUGCCAAAUGAUAUUUUUGAUAACGUAAGGAAACACAGGGACCACUAAGCCGUUUUUGUUCAUUUAUUUGUUUGUUUGUUUUAAAGUGUAAAAGAUUAACUUUAGUGCCUUUCGGCACACUCUUGAUUGUAGAGGAUAUGUGGUUAUCAGCAUCGACAAAUCAUAGAGAUACAAAGAACUCCAGGUUAUGACAAUAUUCAUGGUUUACCCUGAUUCUGCAGAAUAGCUUUUUAAAAGGUCACCGGCGCGCAGGCGGGUGGGGGGAGGCCGUCAGAGCAGCAUGUUUCAGAUAGAAAUUCUCCAUAGGUCGAAAUGCCAAAACCUGAAACCUGUUGUGUUGACUCACAUCCAUCAGUCCGUUCUGACAGGCUUUUCCUAUCAAAGCCAGUGAGCCUGCUUGACAGGUUGUUCAUAGUCUCAGACCAGCCCUGCAGUCCCAACGGUACUGGAAGGAGAAAAGGGAAGAUGGCUUUUUCCCCAGCGUGGAAACAGGGAGGGGCAAGUAGGUUGCAAACAAAACGUGAAUCGGUGUGAUUAAAUGACAGCUGUGUCAGCUGGGCCUUCGUGGAACCACAAACCAGCAGCUCCUAACAGCCAGCACCAUUCACCUGGACACUCCUGAGAUUGUGGUCCGGUCCCGUAGCCGCCCUGUCCGUUGUACAUCCAUGUGCCUGACGCCUUGGUGUCUGUGCGUUGGGAAUGCACUGAGAGAUGAUGUACCUCUGAUUUCUUCCUAUCAAAUAAACUGCCAGCAAACUUUCUAACUUGUAUUUUAACUGUUGAAAAAGAGAUUCAGAACUUUUGCUUAGGUUAUGUCCAAAGCAUGGACUGUACUUCUUAUUUUUAGGAACCAUUCUUUACAUCUAAAAUUUUAACAGAAGAAUCUUCCCCCACCCCUCAACUCUGAGGUAUUGAUAAAGUCCUCCGUGUAGAUGUGUUCUCUUCUCUCCAUGCUGCCAACAAGCCAAAUUAAAAGCUGUGAAAAAAAAUUAAAAUGUGCUCAAGAAUGUGUGUAGACAAAAAAAGGGAUUUAUUUCCAGGUCAAAGUCUCUGUUUCAUGAAGCUACCAAACUUUAAAAAAAAAGAAUGUCACUUUUUCUUUUUGUUACAGAACCCAGAGAUUGUAAAAAGAAAAAAAAAAGUUUUUGUUGCAUUUUUGAUGCUGGCACGAGGUUUUGUCCACUUUUUUUCGUAUAUCUGUGUAUUAAAGAAUUCUGUCCAUUGUUUACUAUGAAAUUAGUAUUACAUUUUGAGGUAAACAAAAGAAUUUGUAUUGCUUGACAAACUGUUAGCUUGUAAAUUUAAAAGGUUUCUUUUCCUCAAUUAACUUAAAGUAAUGGACCAAUAAACCUAUGAAAGAUGCUUUCUUUA